AGAUAUAGAACGUGGUCUCUAAAACUGGAUUAAAGCAACCUGUUGAUAUUUUUAUUUAUACUUUUUUAUUUUUGUAUUUGACUUAAAGUGCCAUGAAAAAAUUUGCAUAUUGCAAGGUGGUCCUUGCCACCUCUUUGGUUUGGGUCCUUCUGGAUAUGUUUCUAUUGCUGUACUUCAGUGAAUGCAACAAAUGUGAUGAGAAAAAAGAACGAGGCCUGCCUGCUGGAGAUGUUCCAGAACCCAUACAAAAACCACAUGAAGGACCUGGCGAGAUGGGGAAGCCUGUGGUCAUUCCGAAAGAGGAGCAAGAAAAAAUGAAAGAAAUGUUUAAAAUAAAUCAAUUUAAUUUAAUGGCAAGUGAAAUGAUUGCACUCAACAGGUCUUUACCUGAUGUCAGGUUAGAAGGGUGUAAAACGAAGGUGUAUGUAGACAACCUUCCCACGACAAGCGUUGUCAUUGUUUUUCACAAUGAGGCUUGGAGCACACUUCUACGAACUGUUCACAGUGUGAUAAACCGGUCACCACGACACAUGCUGGAAGAAAUAGUCCUCGUCGAUGAUGCCAGUGAAAGAGACUUUUUGAAAAGACCGCUGGAGAAUUACGUGAAAAAAUUAAAAGUACCUGUUCAUGUGAUUCGAAUGGAACAGCGUUCUGGAUUGAUUAGAGCCAGAUUAAAGGGGGCUGCGGCUUCUAAAGGCCAGGUCAUCACCUUCUUAGAUGCUCAUUGUGAAUGUACAGUAGGCUGGCUUGAACCUCUGCUGGCAAGGAUCAAAGCUGACAGGAGAACAGUAGUGUGUCCCAUCAUUGACGUAAUUAGCGAUGACACCUUCGAAUAUAUGGCAGGUUCCGACAUGACCUAUGGUGGAUUCAACUGGAAGUUGAAUUUUCGUUGGUAUCCUGUUCCUCAGAGAGAGAUGGAUCGACGGAAAGGAGAUCGAACCCUUCCUGUUAGGUAG